AUGGAUAAAAAUAUUAGUGAACAAGAUUCAUUUAAUAUUCAAAUAACUUUACGAAAUGGGAUAUUAUUUCCUGGUGAACGCUUACAACCAGUUUUUUGUAAACCAAAGUUAAUUCCGUUAAAAAGUGUGACCCUUGAAAAGUUGGAACGAAUGCAAGAAGAAGCAUUAGAUAAACUUGAAAAACUUGAUAAAAAUAUAAAAGAAGAUAAAGAAGAAAGCAAUUUAAAAGGAAAUUUAGGGAAAGAUAGUAAUGAAAUUGAAGGAAUGAAAAAUUAUUCUAAUAAAACAGAUGUUUGGAGUGCAGAUGAUUAA